AUGGUAUCGACUCCAACGUUUCUCGCGGUUUUAUCAUUUUUAACAUUUUUUAUCGAUCAUGUUUUAACUACUCCGAUAAAAUACGAUCAAAGACAAGAAGGAGAAUUAAACAUACGUACGGAUUUACAAGAUGUCGUUUUUGUCGUCGUACCACCCAAAGAUAUACUAUCCGCUGGUAUGGGAGUCGUUGCAAACACAGCAGCUAAUUUUUUAAAAUUUAACAGAGGAGGAUUCGGGGGGCCUAACGGACUACCAUCGCAAAGAAGACCAUCUUCGAAAUUGGGUUUCUUACCGUUUAAAUUUAAUUUUGGUAAACCUGGUCUUCAAUCGAAAAGAAUCGUACAAUUCGGUGAUCCAAAUCGUUAUAAUUUUAACAACGGUAGAUUUCCGAUAAAGGGAAGGUAUACAACGGAAGUGACUACAACGACGACAGAAGAAGAGGAUACGACGGAAGAAGAAGAGACGACGACCGAAGCUGAAGAAACCACAACGAUGGCUGUCGAAGAUGAUGAUGAUGAAAUGAUGACUACGACGGAAGGAAAAAGUGUUAAAAAAACUCUUAAAAAUAAAAAGAAUAAAAAAAAUAAAAAUAACAACAACAACAAUAACAAUACUAAUGAUAAUGAUGAUGAGAAUAACAAUGGCGAUGAAAAUGACGAGAACAAUGAUAAUAAUAAUGAAAAUAAUAACUUUACGAACAAUGGAGAAGAAGAAGGAGAAGAAUCGAAUGAAACCGAAGAACCGAUAAUUAAUUUUGAUUCUCCAAGAAUUGCUGGAGAAUUUUCUCCCUAUGGAAUGGAUCCAAGUUCGAUAUUUAGUCACGAAGGUUGUGGACCGGAUGCUUAUAGAGAUUUAACCGGCGAUUAG